AUGGAACAGGGUCGAUGUUGGGCUGAUGGUUGCUCGUACUGUGCUCAUGAAACCAAGUUUAGUGGUGUAUGUGUAGCUUGUAGUCAUGUAGAUGAAGCUGAGUGGCAGCAAGCGAAACAAAGAGAAAAGGACGAUUUAAAGAGACUACGAAGCGACAAGAAGCUAUCGUUGAUCAUUGAUUUGGACAACACAUUGAUGCACGCAACUGCUGUAUACGACGUAGCCGAAUGGAUAAAUAAACAAAAGCGUAGUAAAACCAACAAGUCUCGGGUCAAGGAUGUGUUUACAACUGCAACCACCAACAAUUUCUCGUUUAAAUUGCGGCCUGGAUUGUACAGAUUUCUUAUUCGCAUAUCUACCAUGUACGAAUUACAUGUGUAUACCAUGGGCAACAAAGCAUACGCCAAGGUCUUUCUCGACAGAAUAGAUCCUGACCGCAACUUGUUUAAAGGAAGUGUGCUCACACGAGAUGGCAAUGGAUGCAUUCUCAAAAAGAAGAUCAGUAGAAUAUACCCAACGGAUCGUACACAGGUGCUUAUAUUGGACGACUCUGCCAAUGUUUGGGAUGACAGCCCCAACCUUAUUCAGAUCAAACCUUACACCUAUUUCAGAAACGUAAAAGAGCUCAAUGCUUUAGCUUACGCUGCACCCACCCAGAAUCAGUAUUAUUCGUUUGUAAAUAGCUAUACAUCCACCAAGCAAAGCACCUCGUUUCAUCUCGAACAAGAUGAAUUUGAUCUGGAUAACACGGAUGCUGAUUUUGCGGUACCUGCAUUGCCGCCACCAUCACCACCUGUUGAAGAUUUCAGCAAUCAGUUCUCUAUUUCUUCAGCCCAUUGUACAAAACAACCUGAUGUUUUUCUCGACAAAAACAUUGCUGAUAUUAUACCCGAAGAAAUAGAAACCGACGAUGCUUUGGACCAUGUCGGCAAGAUCUUGAAGGAUAUCCAUUCUAUUUAUUUCACUCAACUUGCGUGCAACAAAGAGCCUGAUGUUGUGGACAUUUUGCAGUCUUUAUGCACAGAAAAGGGAAUCGCAACGCUGAGAAGAAAGAGAAGUGCAAGCAGCUUUGAGCCUGAUUUCAUCCCGAACAAAAAGUGCAGCUCGAUUUGCCGUUCCAAUUCUUCUACCACAUUGACAAUACCAUAG